AUGGCGUUUCAGCAGCUGGCUCAAAUUCCCGACGCUCCGACAGAAGAUCUUCCUUUGCCUGAAGGUUUCACGCCCUUGGUGACCUACAAACUUUGUCCGCCAGGUGGUGUUUACGUUCUCUUGUUCUUCUGGUUCCUAGACAAUGUCGCAGACUUGGUCCAGGUCGUUACCUUCGUGUUGCACAGAGACUACGGGUUUGCAAUCUUCGUGGCUUUGUUCCUGACAAGCAGUCUCUUUUACAGCCAGUUCGUCAUCAUUCACCUCGAAAACAGCUCGAUUCACUAUACUGGCGGUCCGAUUUUGGGCCGCGUCUUGGCAGCACCCUUCAGGGCUGCUUUGGAGAGCGCCGAGCGUGGCACUGCCACGAUGGCCUGGGAGGGAAUGAUGCAGGCGGAGCAGCAAAUCGAAGCACCCGGCACGGGGCUCGUGGCGCCUUAUGGGAUGGUUCUGGCAAGUAAACUGACCCCGUUUCAAGCGCUGGCCGCUUCUUAUGGCUUAUAUAGCUCAGCACGGGCGAUUGCGACCGGGCACAUGGAGUCUUGGUCAGGCAGAAAAGCUGUGGCGUUCCGAGCUGCCCGCCCGAAGUAUUUCGCCGCACUCCAGCUGUGGCUCCUGAUCUCAAGCUUCGGAGAGCUGGCCCUCUUCGCUGUUGUCAGCCGCGUUCUUCACCCCUCUGUGCCCAUCAUGUUUUUUCUCCUGGCCGCCAUGGUCAAUAGGCACACUGACGAGGGCACACAGUCCGACUCAAAAUGUCAAGCUUGCUGCGCGUCGUUGAUCCUUGUGGCAAACUGCAUGUUUGGACUGCACACCACGCCCGCCGGCCUGAAACACCAGGACCGCCACGCUGGUGCCGGAUGGCCCGAGGCUACAUUCUUGGUGGUGCGCCUGCUGGCGUUGGUGGGCCUUUGCUUCUUGAACCUGCCAAAUGGCUUAUUGCCCGUUGCGUCUUUAGGACGUCCCAUGGGCUGGCCAGUGCUAGAGGAUGAGUUUGUGUCCCCACUGCUCGCCGCUGUCGAUGCCGCAGUCAGCUGCGGUGCUGAACUUUUCGCACGCCACGUUGAGAACUGCAGCUUCCUUGGUGUGGAAGACAAGACCCCUGGGUCCACCGCAUUCAAUGCGGUGGUUGUGGGUUUUGCCAUCGUCUGCGUACCGAUACAGGUUCUCACCACUGCGGCCCAACUUGCUUGCAACAGCUACUUUCGGACAGGUGCAAAGAACACGGAGUUGGCAGAAGAAGUGAGGCAAAAGGAUGCCGAGAUUCGCGCUUGGACAGAACACCACUUAGACGUCCUGUACCCAAAACGGGUGGAGGACCGGCAUCUGUCCAACUUUGCUUUCGGUUACUGA